AUGGCUGAUGUUGCCGACUUGAAUGUCAUGAAUGGCACGGAUAAUGUAGCAGUUGUGAGUGACUUAAAUGUUAUGGAUAAUGUAGAGGUGACGCGUCCCGACUCGGAACCGGAAAAUGCUGAAAAUGAGAUUAAUCAACAAAGAAAAACCAAACGCUCAAAACCGGGUCAAAGUCAUGUUACAAAGAUCAUUGAUACGAUUGGUAGAGAAGUAGCAAGAAACUUUGAGCUGUUUCUUGAAAAUUAUAAUGAACCUAUACCAGAUAGUGAAUGCGAAACUUACGAUGACUCUUCACCCAUUUGGUACCCUUAUCUCGAGCAAAUCGUAAAAUUGCGACAUCAAAGAAAACAUACGAUUUACGUGGAUUUUAAGAAACUCCAACGCCAUGCAAGUCUUUCAACUUGGCAAGCAAUCCGACAGCAUUAUCAUAGAUGUGACCCCUUCCUUCGUCAGGCAGUUCGAGACCUCGUGGCAAAAUACGAUGAAGCAUAUCUCUACAAAGCACCAAUUAUAGACAUCAGAUUGGAUAAUCAACCCUUAAGUGAAUUUUGGGUUGCUUUUUAUAAUAUCCCGGCGCCAUUGUGUAUACGUGAAUUGAAAAGUGUCACGAUUGGACAAUUGAUAAAAAUUCAGGGAACUGUGACGAGAACUAGUGAAGUUCGACCCGAAUUAUUAUAUGGAACUUUUGUUUGUGAUGCGUGUAAAAGUAUCGUGAAAAAUGUCGAACAGCAAUUCAUUUAUACAGAGCCUAAAAUGUGCCAAAAUCCUACUUGUGCAGCACAAAAGGCCUGGUCUUUAGACAUUGAACAAUCCAGUUUUAUCGAUUGGCAACGGGUUCGUAUACAAGAAAAUCCUGAAGAAAUACCCACUGGAAGUAUGCCAAGAACACUUGAAGUCAUUCUCCGAAAUGAAAUGGUUGAAAGGGCAAAACCUGGACAAAGAUGUUACUUUACCGGAACUUUGAUUGCUAUUCCUGACAUUAAUCAACUUGGAGUUCCAGGCAUAAAUCUUGCUUCUAAUCUAAUAUUAUGCUCUACGGCGGAAAUGCAACGCGCCGCGCGUACUAGAACAUCAGAAGGAUAUGGAAAUGCUGGUAUUACUGGAUUAAAAGUUCUAGGUGCUAGAGAUUUGACAUAUAAAAUUUCUUUCUUGGCGUGUAUGGUAGAGGGCAUAUCUUCUAAGUCUGACAUUGAAAGUUCAAAACCAGAAGGAGAAAUAACCGAAGGGGAAUUCUUAAAAAAUUUGUCGCAACAAGAGUUAGAAGAGUUGCACGAUUUGUUACAACAUCCAAAUCUUUACAAUUCACUGGUGAAAAGUAUCGCGCCCGCUGUAUUUGGUCACGAAAUAAUAAAGAAAGGAAUUCUGCUUCAAUUGCUGGGUGGCGUGCAUAAAGUCACUAUGGAAGGAAUAAAUUUGAGAGGGGAUAUUAAUGUUUGUAUUGUGGGAGAUCCUAGUACAAGCAAAAGUCAAUUCCUAAAAUAUGUGUGCUCCAUUCAUCCAAGGGCCGUCUACACUUCUGGAAAAGCCUCAAGUGCAGCUGGUCUGACUGCUGCGGUUGUUAAAGAUGAAGAAAGCGGGGAAUUUACGAUCGAAGCUGGCGCUUUAAUGCUGGCAGAUAACGGCAUUUGUUGUAUUGAUGAGUUUGAUAAGAUGGACAAAAAAGAUCAGGUUGCCAUUCAUGAAGCAAUGGAGCAACAGACCAUUUCUAUUGCUAAAGCUGGAAUUCAUGCGACUUUAAAUGCGCGGACAUCCAUCUUAGCAGCAGCAAAUCCAAUUGGAGGCCGAUACAAUAGACGAUAUACAUUAAGGCAAAAUAUUGCCAUGUCGGGUCCAAUUAUGUCUCGUUUCGACCUCUUCUUUGUAGUAUUGGACGAUUGCAAUCCAGAAUCGGAUAAACAGAUUGCUCAACAUAUUUUAAAUGUCCACACACAUAAAGAUGCAGUUCUGAAUCCAGAAUUCACUACCGAACAAAUUCUAAGAUUCGUUCAAUUGGCGAAGACGCGCAAACCUAAAUUUACCGUUGAAGCUGCCGAGUUGAUCAAGAGGAUGUAUGUGCAGUUACGAGAAGGAGAUUCCCGUGGAUCCGGCACAAAUUCAUAUCGAAUCACCGUAAGACAGCUUGAAAGUUUGAUUCGAUUAUCCGAGGCCAUCGCUAGGGCUUAUUUAUCAAACGAGAUUAAGACAAUAUAUGUGAAGGAAGCUUGUUGGCUUCUCAAACAAUCCAUCAUUCACACUACAACUACUGAUCCGCAAUCAAAUACAAACAAUGCAAGUCCACCUCGGAUGACCAUUACAUGGGAAGAUUUUAAUCAGCUCAAAAAUAUGGUACUUUCGCGUAUUCACGAGGCUGGCGGAUGGAUUGUGGAGUCGGAAUUGGUUGUUUGGUAUCUAGAAACCAUUGAAGACCAGAUGGGAACAGAAGGAGACAUGGAUACGGAACAAUUAAAAUUUAAACAAGAUGAAGUGAGAGAAAUUGAAGAAGAGGAAAAUGAAACAACAGCAGCAGCUGUAGUACCACCUACAAUAGUAAUAGGUGGGUUACAACAAGAACCAGUUGCAGGACCAUCGAUAGUGGAAAGUCAAGAACAAGGACAAUCAACAGAGUUUUCUCCAAUCGUAGAGAAACGUAAAGUCCUAAUCGUACAUCCGAACAUUGAUUUGGAUACAAUAUAA